AUGGCCGACUUCGGAGACGCGGAUCUCGACGGAGAUCUCUCGCUGGGGUUUUCGUCGCGCAGAGAGGAGCCUCGGAUCGAGAAAAAGAAGCUGGACGAGGAACCUGACGGGGACCUUGCUAGCAUGCGAUUCGACUUGGAUGAGGAGGAAACAGAUGGAGAACCAGAGGACGAACAAGCGACAGAGUCUCACGACAUUUACUCGCAAGUUAAUGCUUCCACUGCUACUAUUACGGGACCAUCAGCUACCACAACCGCAACAGCUUCCCCCACUACUGGGUAUGUUGUUCCUCAGCAGGUUACCAGUCCUCGACGGGGAAUCCGGCCCAUUCUUCCGAUUAGCACAGAUUAUGUUGAGGAACAGCCUCGCCGGCAGAGUCGUGAUGAUCUCAUGACGCCCACGGAGGCGAACAGACCGUCUUUCGGCAGUUCACGAUCAGCAAGAGACACUACUCCUAAAAAGCAGUCUACAGAACAGGCAACACGGCAACGAACACCUAGUCACUCACCCAGCCAUACAACCCAUUCAGCCACACCAGGCGACCACUCGAUGACUUUUGAGGAGGAGUUUAUCCAGCGAGAGGGCCAGAUGCCCUUCACUCAACUGAGCGAGAAGGAGAUCCACCAAAAACAACCACACGAAAAGAAGGUGUCUCACCACGUACGAGGACCAUCCGACGCAACCACCGACAGCAGCAGAAGCGAAACCAGUGAGGAGGAAGAUGACGACGACGAGGGAGAGUGGCAGGAUAUGUUGACUGUCGCCUCCUACGACGUCUACGACGAUAGAGGAAACGUGGUAGUCAAGAACAAGGACAAUUUGGAGGUCGAGGAGGUUGAUCCCACCGCUCGAAGUGGCUACACCCGAGUCACUCGAGAUGAGGACGCAAAGAGCAUUAACUCCAUGGACGAGAACACGUCGUACUUGUUUGAUGAUGAUGAGAUGGCUCGAAACCCUUUGUCUCAAAUGCAGGCUACAAAGGGUCUUCUUUCAGACUCACAGCGAAUUGGAUAUGUGGGUCUAUGUAAACUCAUGUUGAUUGAAAUGGCUCGUGAGUUGGCUUCUCUGAAGGGCUCCAAGAAGAUUGGACGAGGUCUAAGUGAUGCUCAGGGGUCAAUGGCCAUGUGGUCUCAGAAAAUGAUGUUCCGCCUCUACUCCCAUAUGGAGCUGAGUCCCGAGGAGCAGAUUAUGAUUGAGCAGCUGUACAGUCAUGGUGUUGAGCCCAGAGAUAUCACACCCAGUUUGAUUGGCGUCAAGCGGGUCAAGAACCCUCUCAAUGAGGAGAACCAAGCUGAAAUGGAGGCUGCCGAGGAGGAAAAGAAGGAGGAAAAGAAGAGGGCUAAGGAGGAGAGUAACGAAAAAGGCCAGGGGGACACACAGGCAAAGGGCGAGUGGGGCGAGGAGAAUGAUCCUGGAUCAACAGAGAUUCAAGUUGAUGAUGCCACAGCUGAAGCUGAUGUUGAUGUUAGUGGUGAUGAUGGCCAGCUAAGUAAAUUUUCUUUUGACGGGAAGACCUCCUUCGAUGGAUCAGUUCCCGACAUCAACGAGGACGACGCUACAAAGGUCAAGAUUGGUGGUGCUGAGGUUGUGGAGGAGAUGGAGAACGGAGAUCUUGCCCGUGUCGAGACUAGGGUUGGUGUGGAGGAGAAAAAUCUCGAUGGAGACUCCUCUUCUACUCGCUCCUCUUCCCGCCCUUCGUCUACUUACUCUGAUGAGUAUGACGAUCGAGUCUAUGCGCCUGAAGAGCUCGAAGACAAGAAGAUGCUGACGAUUGAUAUUCGAUGGACACUUCUCUGUGAUCUGUUUCUGGUUCUUGUAGCCGACUCUGUCUACGACGCUCGAAGUCGAACUCUUAUGCAGAAGGUCGGAGAGGAGAUGGGAGUGACAUGGCUGGAAAUGGCUCAGUUUGAACAGCGAGUCACAGACGCCCUGGAGAUGGAGGAGAACACCCAGCAGACGUGGGACGAGAAGGAGAUCAUGAAGACGCGCAAGAAGAAGAACCUGCGAAAGAAGUACAUGUACGUGGGUCUUGCUACUCUUGGAGGAGGUCUUGUGGUCGGUCUAUCAGGUGGUCUGCUGGCUCCUGUCAUUGGUGCUGGUUUGGCCGCUGGUUUCACCACCAUUGGUAUCACUGGUACUGGUGCCUUUUUGGGUGGUAUUGGAGGUGCUGCUGUUGUCACUACGGCCGCCACAGCUCUGGGAGCACGUGUGGGUUCUGCUAGUAUGAUGCGACGUAUGGGCAGUGUCAAGACAUUUGAGUUCAAGCCUCUGCAUAACCAGAAACGACUCAAUCUGAUUAUCACCAUUUCCGGAUGGAUGUUGGGUAAGGAGGAUGACGUGCGUCUUCCAUUUUCAACCGUUGAUCCCAUCAUGGGAGAUCUUCUUUCUGUGCUGUGGGAACCCGAGAUGCUGCAGAGUAUGGGUCAAACCAUCAACAUUCUUGCCACGGAGGUUUUGGCCAACUCCAUUCAGCAGGUUCUGGGAGCCACUGUUCUGACGGCCCUCAUGUCGUCUAUUCAACUGCCAAUGAUUCUUACCAAGCUCGGCUACCUCGUUGACAACCCCUGGAACGUGUCUCUUGAUCGUGCCUGGGCCACUGGUUACGUUCUGGCUGAUACUCUGAUCCAGCGUAACCUAGGAGUUCGACCUGCUACUUUAGUUGGUUUCUCUCUGGGUGCUCGAGUGAUUUACUCGUGUCUGGUUGAGCUUGCUCGUCGAGGCGCCUACGGUCUUGUUCAGGACGUUUACAUCUUUGGAGCUCCUGUGAUUGUGAAGACCGACCAGCUGUGUCUGUGUAGAAGCAUGGUGUCUGGUCGUUUUGUCAACGGCUACUCUCGUAAAGAUUGGGUACUUGGAUAUCUCUUCCGAGCCACCAGUGGAGGCCUUGGACGUGUUGCAGGUCUCACGAAGCUCGAGUCUGUGGAGGGCAUUGAGAACUACGACGCCACUGACCGAGUUGAUGGUCACAUGGCUUACCGAAAAGCCAUGCCUCAGAUGCUGAAGGAUCUCGGGUGGGAGGUUCUGUCCGAGGACUUCGCCGAGAUUGAGGAUCCCGAUCCGGAGAAGCACAGAGAACGCCAGCGAGAGCUCAUUCAGGAGUUUGAUAUCGCGCGAAAGCAGAUGGAGGCCGAGCUCAAGCUGGAGGAGGAGAAGGAGAGCAAGGAGAAAAAGAAGAAGGGCUUCUUUGGUUCGUGGAAGAAGAAGCAGCCCAAGAAAAAGUCCUGGUGGGAUAUGACCAGUAAGGUUGCCGAGGAUGAUAUCAACGAGGGCAAUAUUACGCGCAAGGAUGGGGAGGAGGGUGACGGGGGUGAGGAGGGAAAGGAGUGCAAGGAGGGUGAAGAGGGGACUACUAAGGACAAUACCAAUCCUGAAGGUGCUGACAAUACCCUGUUUGAUCUUGAUGCUAUUCAGCGUGAGGUUUUGCGACUUGAAAACGAUCCCAAGCUUGCUGCUGCUCGUCGAGGGUCUGUUCCUGAUGUACCUAUCACUGGACGACCUCGAUCUGGCACCAAUGGAUCUGUGUCUUCUCAGGCGACUACAUUUGUGGAGUACAAUCCCUUCACGGACGGCAACACUGAGCAGAUUGAAAUGUCGUUUGAGCCUUUCCAAGACGACCAUGAUGAUCGAGUGGGUUCUAUCGGACAGAAGAUUUCAGCUGGUGUAGCAUCUGUGGCUUCCUCUGCCAGUGCAGGAGCUUCUGCCGUUGCCAACUCUUUCAGUGGUGAUACUGUCUCUCCUGCUGACUCCACUACUGCUGUGACCAAUGGAAACUCUUCUGGGGCUGCCACCAACGGCCGAGUGCCUGCUGCUGCUGCUGCUCCCCCCGCCGCUGCUCCUCCAGAGACUCCUUUCAAGAAGUACAUUGAUCCCGAGUCCAACCGGCCUAAGUCCAAGUCGCGAUCUCCCACUCCAAAAGAAGGAGAGAUUGUCAUGACCUUCGAUUAA